AUGGUUAGGAGACCCUUAAUCAGUCCCCAUACAGGAGAACCAAUUGAUUGGCUUAAUACACAACCACAAUCAGGACUAGAGGCAUUAUCUAUAUACGGAGAGGAGACAGUAUACAUAGAGGGUUUACCUUAUGGUAAGACACCUGAAUAUUUACAAGAAAGACUUUUGCGUCUUUUUUCUUCUUAUGGAGGUGUACAUACACUCCACGUUAUUCCUCAUCCUCUUGAUCCUUAUCAAGCUGCUGGGCAUGCAUUCGUCUCCUUUUAUGACCGAAGUAGUGCAUUAAAAGCUGUCCGUGUACCAAUUCGUUUACCUGCUUCUCUUCAUUACCAUGUUCUUUAUUUAAUGCAUAUAAAGACAGGAAGAUGUACUGAUGAUCUGUAUAUACACCGUAAAUUACAUGCCAAUAAAAAUAUUCUUCUUCUUGCUAGGCAGAUGCAUGCAGCAUUAAUAAAGGAGGGACAGCCAAUGAGUCUCUCUGCUCUUCGUCGUUCUGCCUUAGUGCGUCAAUUCUGUGGGGAUCGUACGAUCCCAGUUCGUUAUAAGCCUCUCCUAGUAGCGGGACAGCCGAUCCUUAAUGGGGAUCGUCCGAUCCCACCAUGGGAUCGUCCGUUCCCAGGUUGGAAUCGAUCGAUCCCAUCUGGGGAUCGAUGGAUCCCAGCUGGGGAUCGAUCGAUCCCACCCUUGGAUCGGCCGAUCCCACCCGGGGAUCGAUCGAUUAUAACUUCUUUAACUGGGGAUCGAUCGAUCCCAAGCUGGGAUCGAUCGAUCCCCAGUGGGGAUCGGCCGAUCCCCUUUACCCGCAGCGCAUGGAGGGAGGCACAAAGUUGUGUUAAUCUUGUCUUUGGAUCUUGGGAGGCAUUCCUUGCAGCAGAACCCUUUAACGAACUCUUCUUCGUUAUUAAUAAGAAAGAUGGCGGUGCUGGUGGUGCUUCUGCAGAUACCUCCGCAGCAGAGCAGCAGCAGCAGCAGCAGCAGAUGCUGCUAGCCCCUCGUCUUGUGUCUCCUGAUAAGGUAGAUAUUCUCCUUAAGAGAGGCAGCAGAUUGUUGCAUAAAAAGCUCGAGGCUGAGCUGUCUGUACACUGGAGAAGGGGGAAACCCGAAUUGCCAGACGACACAAAGAAGCAAAUUGAGCGUUGGCUACAUAGAGAGCCUCUCCCUGAAGAGUUGCAAGUUUGGUCUCGUUCUAAGGACUACUACAAGAUUCACGACGAGAGGCAUCAAUUUAAAUUAAGGUUAAAGAAAGAAAGAAAGAAAGCAGAACUGCAGCGUCGUCUCCAGGUAGCAGCAGCAAAGCGAAUUGCCGAGCAGCAGCAGCAGCAGCAGCAGCAGCAGCAGCAGUAG